CAAAUCAACGGUCGUGAAAAUCGAGCAAAGCUCCGUGUGAAAAACGCAGAAAUUCGUUGAACGAAAUUAAUAUCGAGCGUUUAGCAGUAUUAAAGCGGAGAUCAAGGAAAAUCAAAGAAUUUUCCAAAUCGCGCGAGUGUGUGUGUGAAAAGUACGCCUAAAAGCAGCCUGGAAUUUCAAGUCCCACAGCCAAGUUAAAUUUUGACGGUAACCACGGACACUUCGCCAGGGCAAUCCGCACGUUGAUGGCUGCCACCAAAAUCAUCGAUGCGCCGCGCAACGGCCACGAGAUGGCCCCAUUGAACACAAGGGCGAGGGGGGACGGCACCCACGGGGUGACCAUCGUACUUACCGCCCCGCAGCGCAACUCCGUGCAGUCGGUGGACAUCCCCGGAAAUGAACCCGAACGAGCCGCCUGGAGCGGCAAGAUGCAGUUCUUCCUCAGCAUCAUCGGCUACUCGGUGGGCCUGGGAAACAUCUGGCGGUUUCCCUACCUGUGCCAACAGAAUGGAGGCGGUGCUUUUCUGAUACCCUUCAUGAUUAUGUUGAUACUGGAGGGCAUCCCUUUGUUCCUCAUUGAGCUGGGAAUUGGUCAGAGAAUGCGAUUGGGUGCCUUGGGUGUUUGGAACACCAUUCAUCCCUGGCUGGGUGGCAUUGGAAUCUCGUCGUGCAUAGUGACGCUGUUUGUGGCUCUGUACUACAAUGUGAUUAUCACGUGGGUUUUCUUCUACCUCUUUAAUAGUUUUCGGUAUCCUUUGCCGUGGUCCACCUGUCCCUUGAAUGGCACAGGUUUUGAGCUGGAGGAAUGCGCCAAAUCCUCGGAGACGACGUACUUCUGGUACCGCACCACCUUGGAUGCAGCCCCGUCCAUGGAUGAACCGGGUGGCCUCAAGUGGUGGAUCGUGCUCUGCCUGCUGUUGUCCUGGACCAUUGUCUUCUUCAUCGUGAUGAAGGGCAUCCAGAGUUCCGGCAAGGUGGUCUACUUCACCUCGCUGUUCCCCUACAUUGUGCUGACCAUCUUCUUCAUUCGGGGCAUCACGUUGCGAGGAGCAGGAGCCGGGCUAAUGCACAUGUAUACGCCAAAGGUGGAGAAGCUGUUGGAACCCACAGUCUGGCUGGAUGCAGCCACCCAGGUCUUCUACUCCUUUGGCCUGGCCUUUGGCUCCUUGAUCGCCUUCGGAAGUUACAACACGCCCAAGAACAACUGUGUGAGGGAUGUGCUCCUGGUGUCCGUUUGCAAUGCAGUCACCGCAAUCUACGCCAGCGUGGUCAUCUUCGCCAUUCUGGGCUUCAAGGCCACCGUCAAUGUGGAUCGCUGUGUGGCCAGCAAUACGGAUAUCCUGGUGAAGAACAAACUGCUGGGACUUAAUGACACCCAGGGGUAUGAACAAGCCAUGAGCCUGCUCAAUGGGACAGAGCUCACCCGUUUGCAGUUGAGCGAAUGCAGUUUGGCCCACGAACUGGACAAUGCCGCUGAGGGCACGGGAUUGGCCUUCAUCGUGUUCACCCAGGCCAUCGUGGAGCUGCCAGGAGCUCCCUUCUGGGCGGUGCUCUUCUUCACCAUGCUGCUGUCGCUGGGAUUGGGAUCACAGAUCGGCAUCCUGGAGGGCAUGCUGUGCACCCUCUUCGACAUUGACAUUAUCAAGCGGGUUAAGAAACAGCAUGUCACUGGCGUGGUGUGUCUCUUCUGCUUCAUUGUCGGUUUCAUCUUCUGCACAGGUGCCGGGGAGUACUGGCUCAAGAUGUUCGACUCUUUUGCCGGCACCAUUGGCCUCGUGGUGGUGGCCCUGAUGGAGAUGAUAGCCGUGAUCUUUAUCUACGGACAUGAGCGCUUCACUGAGGACAUUUACCAGAUGACCGGCUACCGACCUGGUAUCUACUGGCAGUGGACUUGGCGGUACAUUGGCCCCGUCAUCAUGGUCUGCAUCUUGAUCUCGUCCGUGGUCUUCAUGGUCAUCAAGAAUCCCACUUACGGUGCUUGGAAUGCCGAUUUGGGUAUGAUUGAGCAGAAGAGCUACCCCAACUGGGUGAUGGGUAUCGCCCUGUCCAUGAUCCUGGCUGGCGUCCUGCCCAUGCCCAUCGUGUUCCUGAUGCGCAGCUUCCAGUGCCUGAAGGUGGACCUGGACAUCCACCAGGGAUCGAUCCGACGAAAUGAGACAACCGCCUCCACCAAGGAGAUGAUCGACAAUGACGACGAUGACGACGAGGACGAUGAGAACGACUUCAGCGGUCCUGCGUUGGGCGGCCAUGUAAAGACCCAGAGCGACUUCUCCGACGACGAGGAGGAGGACAAGCCCAUGACCAUGCGGAUGAUGAUGAUGCGUCCGACGACGACAACAACCAAGACAUCGAACGCGCUAAAUGUGCCAACAAGCAGAAAGAACAACUACAAGAAGGAUGCGUACGAUGUCUAGGAGAGCCACAGCCCACACAUAUGCAGAAACCGAUAAAGAUACAGAUACAGAUACAGGUAGAGGUCCAGGUACAAGUCCAGAUACAGGUCCAGGUCCAGGUGUGAACCGAACCGAAACGAAACGAAAUGGCAAGUGAAAAACUAAUUUAAUUGAGACGAGCGGUGAGGUGAGAGCGUGACGAGCUGAGCGCAAACAUUUAUAAAUAUUUACUCUAAGUAUUUUAACAUAAUUUAAAUCUAAACUAAGUAAUUACCAAAAUAAAACAACCGGAGAAUUGCAUUCGAGUGCGUAACUAAAAUUGUUAAAUCGUAUUUUAACACAAACUGAACUAAGCCCAAAACUAAACUAAAUUGAACAAACUAUGUACGAGUACAAUGUGCCGCAGGAUGAUAUGUAUUAUCUAAAACGGGUUGCUAAGAGUUUAAAUUCGAUUAUGUAGCAUUUAGUUGGAAUGCUUAAAGCUUUACCAUUAGACAUUCGAGCACACAAACUGAAAGUAUUUCCGAUUCCCACGCCGCACACCCCCGCCCAUCCCAAUAAUCCUUCCCAAAUUUCCCGCCAAACCUCGGAGAAAACUCUUCAAUGGCAAAACGCUUUUUUAGACGACUUAGCCAGCGCAUUUCCAACGAGUUAAACUCAACAUUUAGUUGUAGUAGAUAUCUGCCGUUUUUAUUUUGACCUCAAGCAGAACUCACCCGAACGAAAAAAAACAAAUAUGUAAUCUAAAAAGAGUUACACACUUUAAUGAUACUUCAAACAGGUUAAGAGCGUUGAGACACAAUAUUAACACUUCGAGUUCUAGUUGAGUUAAACAAAUACCUAUACUUACUAUACUGAUUAGAGAAAGAUGCAUGGAAUGUGUGAUAUUCUAAAUAAUAUCCUCAAUGUUUAGGUGUUAAGACUCUUCAUCCUUUCCCCCCCAAAAAAAGUCACUCACUAUUUUCCCCGUGCAAGCCACUCAAGAGUAUUUUCCCACGCUGACAGAGCUAAACAAAGUAAAACAAAAGAUGAAAAAUAAACUGCUGUGAAUAGUUUUAGUGGUUGUAAAGUUCUAUCGAAGAAGGGAAACCAUAAAGCGUCUAAUAUUUAACUAGUUGUUAAGCGGCACCCCAUUGUUCACUUGAGUUCACUCCACCGGAUACCCAAAAAAAGAUAAUCCUUGCCAUAUUUCCAACUCGGUUUCCGCAAAAUGGUUCUCAUACAAUCCCCCAAAACUUUCUCUUAUUUCGGUAAGGCAAAGGCAAAAAGCAACACUGAUAUCUGAAUACAGACAACUGAAUCAAAACACAUGGAAUUUCGAAGUACUCAAAGUCAAUGCAAAGGACGGACAGCAGAACGUUGAAGACAAUAAGACAAUUAUAGAAAUAUACUUAUGAUAUGGCCCGUCGAGUUUAGAGAGAUUUGUAGUCCCCGACGUGGUAGAUUUCCCCAUAGCAGAGCUGGAAUUUUUCCAUUUUUACCUUAUUUUUGGGAGAUAUAUGUAUCCAUUUUGUACACCGCCAAUCGAAAACAGUUCCAAUCAAGGAUCCAAAUAGCCAGCAGAUUUAUACGUACGUUUACAUGACUCUAAAAUAAGAGAUCCCUAAAAUCAGUUACCCCAAUAUCCCCCACCUUAUCCAUUAAAGUCGAAUCCUCGCAAUGCAAACGCAACCGAAACCGAAACCAAAUACAUAGUACCAAGCCUAAUUGUAUAGUUUACUUGUUUACGCCACUAUAUAUAUACGAGCAUUAAAUCUAUAUAUACAGUACAUAUUAACCUAUAUACCUAGCUCUACUAUAAAUAUUGUAUAUCAAUUAUUGUCGUAGUGCUAAAUAAAGCCCCGGACUCGUGUAAAUUUGAAUGUAUUAAAAAACACUGCAAGGAGAAGAAUACUUAUAUGGAACAUUAUUGUAUCGUACGCAAGAAAUUAUUAUUAAUAAAGAUAUUUCAUGAUUAGUGCGUUAAGUUGAAGAAGAGCAAAACGAA